AUACCUGGAAGCACUAAGCAGUAACUGGCAACAUCACUGAUCUGACGUCAAGCGUCAACGGUGUCUGGCAUUACGGUGUUUACUUCUCUGUAAGAUUUUAGUUUUGGGCUAGAAUUUUUUUAUAUGGUAGCAUAUUAACUGUCCUACAAUAUAUUCGUCGUAAAAUGUCUGAGGUGGAUAUUAAGGAAAACAAACGUGAUAGGUCUCGUUCUCCUGUUGGUGGUGAAGAAGACAGCACCCGAGACAGGAACCGAAGAAUGGACAGAAGCAAACCAGUCUCUAAAGUUCGCGGCCGCAAAGCUCCCUCCAGUCACCGUGUCUAUGUCUCCAACAUUCCCUACGAGUACAAGUGGCAGGACCUUAAAGAUCUCUUCAGAAAUGAAAUUGGUGAAGUGAACUACGUGGAGAUGUUCAAGGAUGAGAGCGGUCGCAACCGCGGCUGCAGCGUCAUAGAGUUCGAGACGGCCGAGCUGGCGCAGAAGGCUAUUGAUCAAAUGCACAGAUACGAGCUGGCCGGCCGCAAGCUCGUCGUUAAGGAGGAUUACGAUAUCGACCGCGACAGUCAAGGCAGGAUCCGAAAGGACAUGGGCCGAGGUGGUGGUGGCGGUGGCGGAGGCGGUGGUGGUGGUGGCUUGGGAGGUCUUGGCGGUGGUGGAGGUGGCAGCGCCAUGAUGCCCAGCCAGAACAGGAUGGGUCAAGUAGGGCCUGUCAACUACGGCAACACUUAUGGCCUCUCUGUCGUGUUUCUCGAGAGCCUCGGCAUCAACGUACCUCUUGUUAAUAAAGUCUUCGUAGCUAAUCUGGACUACAGUGUAGAUGAGAACCAGCUGCGUGAAGUGUUCAAGGUCGCUGGCAAGGUCGUCAAUGUUGAGAUCAGCAAGGACCAGGAGACGAGCAAAAGUCGGGGCUUCGGAGUUGUUGAGUAUGAGCACCCGGUGGAGGCGGUGCAGGCGAUCUCCAUGCUCAACGGACAGCUUUACUUUGACCGCAAGAUGAGCGUGCGCAUGGACCGCGUGCAGGACAAGAAGAGCGACCCUGUGUCGGGCAGCAAACUGCCCCAGGGCCUCAAGGGUCUGGGCAUGGGCCUCGGCAUCAAUGGCUCGCCACUCACUGACGUCUCCACUUUUCAACCUGAUUUCGUUCAUGACUCAGCACUGAGCACCAACACAGCCUCGACGUCUGUGGGGGGCAACAUGGCUGCAAACAUGCCCAUGGGUGCCAUGGGUGCUCCUAAUGCCAUGGGCAUGGCCAACACCGCCAUGGGUGUCAUGAACCCCAUGGCGUCGGGCUUGGGCGCCAAUAUGGGGCAAGGCAUGAGCGCCAUGGGCACCGGUAUGGGCACAGGUAUGGGCGGCAUGGGCUCAGGACUCAUGGGUAUGGGCGCUCAGAACUCGAGCAUGGAUGCCAUGGGCGCUAACAACAUGAUGGGCACCGCCAACAACAUGAUGGGUGGCAACAUGAUGCCCAGUGGCGGGCUGGGGUCACAAGUGACGGGAAUGAACCGCAUGGGAGGCAGCGGCUACGGCGGGGGCAGCGGUGGGUUCAGCGCGGCGGGGGGUGACAUGAACGGCGGUGGGGGACGCAACUUCGGCAGCUACGGCGGCGCGGGCGGCGUGGGCGCCUCUGCUGCUGGCAACGUCGUCCAGAUAUCCAACCUGCCUAUGGAGACAACAUGGCAGAACCUACGGGAUUUAUGCAGGGAAUACGGCGAGAUCCGCUUCGCUGAGAUCAGGACCAAGGGCACCGGCGCUGUCAAGUUCCACACCGAAGCUGACGCCAGGAGGGCGGCUGACAUGUUGGACAGACAGCGGUUCAGCGGACGGAUGUUGGAGGCCAGAGUCAUCUAAUAAUUCCUACAUGAAGAUAAAUAACUAUCACUUUCAUCUCGUUCUGGCUUGUUAAUGCAGCUCAGCUGUUGGUUGGUCGCAUGCUCUUAGCAAUAAGCUAGCUGCUCCAUGGGGAAGAUCUUUCAACGCAACGAAUAGGCUUCUUGUUCGUUGUUGCUCGUCGUCGUAACUUCCUAUUAUGGCCCAUUGUUAGAGUUGCGUUACUCUAGUAGGAACCUGAUCGCCUUGUGUUUUAUUUAUUUUCUAAGACGUAACUCGUGCCACUUUCUCGACAAAAUUAAUGCCAUCUUGUGAAUGACUUGACCCUCAAAUCUUGGUUGCAAAACUCCCAACUUUGUUGCUCAUUAAAUUAAUGUCAUCCUUGAUUUCAACAAUCUUACUUCAAUCUCUCAGGAUCAAAGUCAUUUCUGUUAAGUCAUCAAAACUCCUAAGCUGAAAGUAAUUACCUCGUACAAACCAUCUUUGCUGCAGUUGACAUUCAAUGCAUUUUCAGUUUCCGUAUACUCAACCAACUCCUGAAAUUAACUGUAAAAAAUGGGGCGUGGAUGCUAGGUACAUCGUCAUGGCUUAUGCAGCGUGCUCGUGAAUUCCACUUGAAACUUCUUGCUUCGUCUGGACUUAUUUAUGUUAUUUUUAACAAUUUUCGUCCUUGUACAACCCCAAGUUUGCUGUUGUGCAUUAAUUACAGUUUGACAUGCUGUGGGACUUGAUGCGUUUGUUGACUACUGGUAACAAUGAGGUCUUCCUUCUCUGUCGCAAUGCGUCACAGGUAACAGAGCUGUUCCCUCUUUGUCGCAAUGCGUCACAGGUAACAGAGCUGUUCCCUCUCUGUCACAAUGCGUCGCAGGUAACAGAACUGUUCCCUCUCUGUCGCAAUGUGUCACAGGUAACAAAGCUGGUCCCUCUCUGUCGCUAUGUGCCGCAGACAACAGAGCUGUUCCCUCUCUGUCGCAAUGUGUCGCAGGUAACAGAGCUGUUCCCUCUCUGUCGCAAUGUGUCACAGGUAACAGAGCUGUUUCCUCUGUCGCAAUGCAUCGGUCGGUCCUGGAUGUAUAAUCUGGGACUGAGGGUCUCUUCGUAGUUUUGGACAGCAGAAUUUCAUACCAGGCGCGUUUUGUUCUCUUUGUCUUAUCGACUUAAAGAGAAAUUCGAGGUGUCUUUGGCGUCUUCGAAUUCGUACCUGAUAGACCAGAAAAUGUUAUUAUUGACAGAAUUAACUCGGUCAUGAUGUUUAUGUACUAUUUUUUACAAACCAUUCCCUCUUCAGUUGACGUCUCAACAUCAAAUCGGAACUAGUUUAGAUACGCUGUUUGCAUUUGUAUUCGUACUACAAUUUUUCAUGUCUGGUUUGCAUUUGAUAACAAGAACCUGAAACGCUAACUUGAAUAAUAGUUGUCAAUUUAAUCGUACGACCUGCGAUUCAUUGACGCCUCUCACUUCGAUGCAAAUUACAUGGAUUAUUUUUCCUUGAAAUUAGACCUUAAUUUCGCAGAAAUGGCAAAUUUGGUUUCUAGUUUGUAUUUAAUCUAAUGCUCAUAAUUUUGUCAGCUGGAAUCAUCAAUUGUGACUCGAUUCAUGAAGUGUCGUGGAUGUUGCAAAUAGUGUGCGCAUCUUGUGGGAUCGUCUGCUUUGAUUUGGUUUGAGCAAAUAAUAGCAAAACAGUACAACUUUCAUGUCCAUGCAAUCGUGAUUAUUUACUUGAUUUAGACUGCAUUGUUGCGUUCCAUGCUUGAUAAUAUAGAUUGGGAUCAGUCAGUGGAUGUUCAAAUUGUCUUACUUGUGCAUUACGUGACGAAAGCUUUGGGUUACUUGACGGUCUCUAAACUUGCUUAUUUGUUACCCACUAAUGCAAAUUGUGUAGUGACUUCCACGCGUCUCCAGCGCUGCCGCAGUCAACACAGCGACCACCGCGCAAGGCUCGGGACGUUCCCAGCAUCAGGUAACACGCCGUCUUGCUGCGGAAAUUUUCUCUAGCGCCUUUAUUAGUGUGUAGUUCUAAUGAUUCCUCUCUGCGUAAACAUAAAAUACGUGUUGAGUUCUUACAAAGUCACGAAUUAACUUCCAGUUCAUGCGUUUGUUGUGGACUGCCAUGCUUGAAGGGAGAAAAGCUGAAGUGGACGCAGGAGCUGUGAUACGGUGACGACCAAUUAAUGGCUCCUAAUAUUUUUUAUUAUAUCAUUUCUUAUUGUGCCUCAUUGGUUUGCUAUGAACAGCCAUGCUGAAGUUGCAAAAUACUAAGUUAGCUUUUCGAUCCUAAAUUGUUACUUGCUAUAAUCGCCACAAAUUAUCAAGUUAUGUCUGGUCCCUAGAUUCAGAAGUUGAUGUUUUAACGGCUGCGUUUUUCCAUGAGCUGAUGAUGUCUUCCCGUAACGUCCACAUUGUAAUGUUUCAACGGUCCCAAUUCUUUCCUUCCUCCAAACAUGGCGCUCCUGUAAUUGUUCAGGAGCUGUUUUUGUAUUUUUAGGACAAGAAAUUUAAUGCGGCAAGUGCGUGUAAUGACCAAAUUUUUAUCAUGGGUCGAGUGUUCAAUGAUUCGGUAUCAUUAUUCCAAGUUGUGACGUCUCCUCUUUAGUGGCAAGUUAUCUUGGAUUGGGACGGUUUUCGGUUAAAUUGUCAGUGACUUGUUGGACUCUUUUAUGAAUUUAUUAUGAUUUAAAUAGAUUUUGUAGCGAGUUCAAGUUACCUACAGUCCUUCUGAUGAAAAAUGUGUUAUCUACCUGAUAUUCUUGUUGUAAGUUCUUGUGUUUUAAUGAUCCUGAUAUGAUACUAUUAAGCUACAUCUGCGCUAAUUAAUGCACAUCUUCUCGACGUUGCUGUUGUACAUCAGAUGGCUCUAUUUAAUAUCGAAUUUUUCUCGUUUGUAAGGGAAGUUCACUUUGCAUCCUAAGACAAGAUCGCCGCUCUUGUGUUGCAUUCAAAGCGUGUUUUAGCCCACGUCUCCGCUACUAAUCUAUUGUAGUCUUUACUUUUAGAGUUCGCUCUAAGUUUCUGUGCUCUUGACAGUAUAAAGAUUAUUUGAUGUA